GGGUCGCUCUGCCCCCGGAGCUCAGCCCCGUGUUGACCCGGUAAUGAACGACCUGCCGGGGUGGACGGGUCGGGGUCACCGGGCUCCAACAUGGCGUGGAGGAGCUGCUCCGUCCUGCUCAGACUGACCGGAGAAGAUGUUUUACGGAGCUCCGUGAGGGCCGGCAGGUGGCCUCACAGCCUCCAGCACAGAUGUGGCUUCAGAAAAGCCGCCAGAAAACCAGAACCCAGGAAGGUGGAGGAGGACCUGCCCCCCCCACACACAGAGUCCUCCGAGGUCCCGGUCCAACGCCGGACCUCACCCUCCUCCCCCUCCCCCUCCACCCACAGGGCCCAGCAGGCUCCGCCCAGCCCCCCCCGCGCCUUCAGUCGCCUCUUCAGACCGCUGGUGUUCACUGUGGGGUUUACAGGCUGCUCCUUCGGCUCGGCGGCCAUCUGGCAGUACGAGUCCGUCAAGUCCCAGGUGAGGAACUUCUUCAACGACAUCAGAGCCGACUGGAUGGAGAAGAUGCACCCGCCCAAACGAGGAGACGUCCGCAGACAGAUCAACCAAUGGUGGAGCAGCCUGAGCGAGGGUCAGAGGACGAUCACAGGGAUCAUUGCUGCUAACGCCGUAGUGUUCUGCUGUUGGAGGAUACCGUCUCUGCAGCGCACCAUGCUCAGAUACUUCACCUCCAACCCGACCUCCAAGACUCUCUGCUCUCCAAUGCUUCUCUCCACCUUCAGCCACUUCUCUUUCUUCCACAUGGCCGCCAACAUGUACGUCCUCUGGAGCUUCUCCACCAGCGCCGUCUCCAUGCUGGGCAGAGAGCAGUUCCUGGCCGUCUACCUGUCUGCAGGUGUCAUCUCUACGUUCGUCAGUUAUGUGAGUAAGAUGGUCACAGGGAGGUUCGGUCCGUCUCUGGGAGCGUCUGGAGCCAUCAUGACCAUCUUGGCCGCCGUUUGCACCAAAAUGCCCGACGCCAAACUGGCCAUCAUCUUCCUCCCUAUGUUCACCUUCACCGCCGCCAACGCGCUGAAGGCCAUCAUCGCCAUGGAUACGGCCGGUCUGGUUCUGGGCUGGACGUUUUUCGACCACGCCGCUCAUUUAGGAGGAGCCAUGUUUGGAAUCUGGUACGUCCUGUUCGGUCACGAGUUGAUCUGGAAGAACCGAGAACCUUUCGUCAAACUGUGGCACGACUGGAGGACUCGAGGAGGACCAGGAGGAGGAGGAGACCAAGGAGGAUCCAUGUAAGACUGGGACUGACGGAGGGUCGGGAUAAAACCAUGUAAAGAUGUAUAAAUGUACAGAGAACAGGACGACAGCAGGUGGGACGGUUCAGGUGGACUCACCUGGAUUUAAAAUAAUGACUCAUGUCUGUAUUUAUAAAAAACUGAUCCAGAUUUUUGUCUUUUCUGCUCACAUGUUGUCUCUGUGUAGAGAAGUCAUCACAGCUGGGACUGAAAGUGAUUAUUUAAUGAUUAUUUGGCCAAUUAAAGAGAUGAUAAGUCAGCGGUAGAUCCCAGAGUCCAAACAAAACCCCAAACCCCAGAUCCCAGAGUCCAAACAAAACCUCAAAGAGUUUAUAAAGAAAAACCAGAGAACAGGUCAUCCUCGCUCUGGAAUUUUAAUCUUAAGAAUCGAUUGUUGUUGUUUCUUGUUGUUAUUGAUUAAUCAGUGAUUGAAAACUCUAAUGAGACGUGCACAUUUUCUACAGUAGAGCUCAGAGUUUGUAGAGCUGUGUGCAGAGAAACAUGUAAAAUAAGAUUUAAAUAAAACAGUGUAUCUGAUUCAGAAUAAUUUUUCUGUUUUGAUAUGAAGCUGCUGACUGAUGGUUAUAAAGGAGGUUGAUCUGCGCUGUCAGAGGAAUAUAUUUACGUUGUACCACAUUGAUAAGUACAGAUGAACAGGCUAGCUAGCUUACAUUAGCAUAUCAGAUUUACUGGCUAGCUAGCUUACAUUUAGCAUAUCCUAUUUAGCGGCUAGCUAACGACUGUAUAAAGACAUGUAGAUGCACUUUUUGCUGGUUAAACUUUAACUAAGCUGUAAAAUAACAUCCACAGAGGUGAUUAAAAUGGUGUCAUGAAGGCAAGAACAAUCACUGUCAUUACAAAACCAACAGCAACACAGGACCAGCCUGUGUCAGAAGAAGCUGAGGUUCAGUUCAGUUUUCAUAAAGUUAGAUUUAAAAUUUGUGAAACAUGACGUCAGUUUGAUAAACAGAAACUCUGAAGGUUAAAGUCCACAAACUGUCACACAGACAAACACUGAUGUUAAUGUGUGUGACUCAGACUGAACCUGAUGAUCACACAUUCAGUGUUUUUAAUUAUUACUGUGUCUGUUAGACUUAAUGUAGCAGAGAAAACAUUAAAGUCAAAGACUGAAUUCAGAAUAUAAGUCUGUAUCUGCUGUAUUUAAUCAGAUCCUUUGGUCUCCUCACAGUAAACUAAUCAAAGUCAAACUGCUGCAUUCAAAGUUGUACCUAUAAUAAAAGUCAAAUUAUA